CAGGAUGAUGGUUUUUUGAUGGCUGAUGAAGGCCGAUUUGAGGAGGUUGGCAAUCACCUGAUAGAGGAUGCAGUACUGCCACAGAGUUUAGACGAUUUGGAGGUUUUGCCACAAGAACACCCUGAAACCUUUGCCAUUGGGACACAAGUUGGCUCCUCAGUCUCCAUGCGGUUUGCCAAGGCUGUCCAGGUCAAUAUUGUCACUGGGUCUCGGAACAAAGGUUCACAGACAACCUCCUGCACCGGGGAUAUUGGCUGUCAGGCAGAACCAGAAGUCCGAGAAAUUGCCAUUCAGACAGAUCUGUUUGACAUUGAUGUGCCAGUUUUCCAAGGCUUGAAACCAAGUGAUGAAGACAUGGAGGAUGAAGAGGUGCACUUUCCAAGUCAGGAAAUGAUGAAGACUGAUGACAGUGACGAUGAAGACUGGGAGCCAUGUGAAGAUGAUUAUUGUCAAGAAUUUGAUGACUCGCUCCUUGAUGAUGAAAAUGUAUCCGGCAAACAUUAUGAUUUCGACAAUGAGUAUGAACAGCCCUCCCCUCAAUAUGAGAGAAAAUUCAUUGUCUUUGAAUCAAGCUUGAGGCUUCUGUUCAUGUUUUGUCAAGUUUGCAGGGCACCAUGUCGAGUCGCACUCCGUACACUUGGCACAGCUGUGAUGGUGAUGGCGAUUUGUGAAAAUCAACAUCAACAGGAAUGGACAUCACAACCAUUUAAAGGACAGCUUCCCAUUGGAAAUUUGCUUUUGGCUGCAGGAAUUCUAUAUUCUGGUUCAAGUCCAGUAAGAGGACUCAAUAUCCUGAAAAACAUUGGUGUGGCAGUGAUAAGCCGAAGGACAUUCUACACUAUACAAGGCCUCUACCUCAUACCAUCAGUGUUCGCAGUCUGGCAAAGGAAGCAAGACAGUAUGUUUAAGGAGCGAAAGAGGAAACAACUGUCCUUGUCUGGAGAUGUGAGGUGUUGCUCGCCAGGCCACACUGCCAAAUAUGGGAGUUACAGUUUGAUGGAUGAGUCAGCCGGUAAGGUGCUGGAUGUAAGCCUUGUACAGUCAAAUGAAGUGAAAAAUUCUUACUGGAUGGAACUCGAGGGUUUGAAACGUAGCAUGGCACUACUUGUUACCGAGAAGAAAUUGGCAAUUGCAGAGAUGGUCACAGAUCGGCAUUCACAAAUCAAAAAGUAUCUGAGAGACAAAUGGCCUGGAGUACAACACUGGUUUGAUUGCUGGCAUAUCGCGAAAGGUGUAAAAAAGAAAAUGGACAAUAUUGCCAAGAAGUACAAACUUUGCAGGAUACUCGCAAAAUGGUCCCAAUCAGUGUCCAACCAUAUCUUCUGGUGUGCUGCCUCAAGUAAUGGGAAUGGUGACUUGGUUGAAGCAAAGUGGCUCUCCAUUCUAAACCAUGUUGCCGACGUACACGAUGGGCAUGGGGAUUUGUACCCAAAAUGUCUUCAUGGUCCUCUAGAAGACAGAGAAUGGAUCAAGAAAGGUAGCAAGGCCCACAAGGAACUUACGCUGAUUCUCACUCAAAAGAUAUUGCUCAAGGACAUCAGAAAGGUUUCACCAGGAGUACAGACUUCAUCUCUUGAGUCGUAUCACAAAAUUGUUGGUUAUUUCGCUCCCAAAUCCCGCCAUUUCUUCUAUGAGCCAAUGAAAGCAAGGUUACUGCUCGCCACACUCCACUUUAAUGAAAAUUCAAAUCGGAAACAGCGUAUGGGACAAGAUGAACAGCCGCAGUGGUCGAUUUCAUACCCCAAGGGGAGAGGAGGAGCUGCAGUAGCAAAAGAGGUCAAAUUGAAUCAACAUAUGACUAUGUACAGCUAAUUCUGGAGGACCUGCUGAAGCGGAGAGAUGACCUGCCAUCUUACAAAUUGGCAAGAGAUGCAAAGGACAAGUACCAAGUGACUCAUCCUAUUCCAGGUCCAGUGUGCUCAAAGUACGACAA